AUGUUGCCGUCAAGUCGACGUUCAUUCUGUAUCUCACCCACACAGUUGGAAUCCCUACCUACUGUGGGCUUCUCCUCGCCCAUCCUAUCCUACUUCAGCGCCAUACGCUUUCUCUGGGAUGCCAAGGCCAUGACCGAGGAAGGAUGCGCCAGAUAUCCCGGCAAACCCUUCAAGAUCGCGAACGUCAGUCGCUGGAUCGUUGUCGUCAGCGGCACGGCUCUAGUCGACGAGUUGAGGCGUGGCGCGGGCGAUGCAUUAUCAUUCACGGACGCCGCAGAAGAGAUAGCGCAGAUUAGCCUUGUGCUAGGCGAAAGCGUUGGCAAGAACCCCUACCACAUACCGGUCCUACAGACGCAACUCACCCACAACAUCCACGACCUGAUACCCGCCAUGCGUGACGAGAUGCAAGCGGUCUUUGAGGAUCAAGUGCCUACUUCGGGCGAGGGAUGGCAGGCAGUGCCGGCGCUUACGACAGUCACGGAGGUCAUAUGUCGAAUCACUAAUCGAGUGUUCGUUGGGAUACCUUUAUGUCGGGACCAGGGAUACAUAGACCUUUGUACCGGGUUUGCGCACAAGGCACUGCAGGCUAUGCUUUUCCUUAGCAUUAUCCCUUCCUUUCUAAGACCGUUCGCUGUGAAGGUCAUCUCUGGCCUUCCAAAGGCUGUCCACACCAUGCAAUGCUAUCUGGAACCCAUACUGGCGGAGCGUCUACCGCCAACGCAUAGAAGCGGUGUUCAGGCAAAGGAUAACAACGAUUUGAUCACUUGGCUUUUAGCUGACGGCGGCGGCGGUGACCAGGACGUACUGCACGAUCUCGCGCUCCGAAUCUUGACGGCCAACUUUGCGUCUUUGCAUACGACGUCGAUGACUUUCACGCACGCGAUGUACAACCUAGCGGCGUAUUCCGGCUACACCGAGCUCAUGCGCAGCGAAGUGCAGGAAGUUGUCGCUGAGGAUGGCUGGAACAAGGCAGCCAUCGACAAGAUGUACCUCGUCGACAGCUUCUUGCGCGAGACCAUGCGCUUGCAAUCGCUUAGGGAUGUCGGCGUCAUGCGCAAGGUCAUCAAGCCUUUCACCUUCCGGAAGACGGCGGACGGAAUACCUGCCACCAUCCCCACCGGCGUCUUCGUCUUCGCAGCAGUCCCUACCAUGCAUUCGGAUGUCGCGGUGUAUGGGAAUGAUGCACAUAGCUUCGAUGGCUUCCGUUUUGUGCCUAGCCACAUCAUGCAGUACGAGCGUAUUGCGCCGCGCAACGCGCUGGUCGGCACUUCGCCGAACUUCCUGGCUUGGGGGGCUGGCAAACACCAGUGCCCCGGACGCUUCUUCGCGGCUGUCGAGACAAAGAUGAUGCUCGCUUAUGUCGUGACGACAUUCGACGUGGCUACGGAUACCACGAGGAAUGGCUGCGAAGGCUCCACGCGUCCCAAGGACUUCCGACUAGAGGCAAAUUGUUUCCCAAAUCCUUGGGCCAGGGUUCGCAUGCGGCGAUGCGAGCCCGUUCAAGGAGAGGAGGCCCAGAACAGAACUCUUGAAUGA